AGCUGGAGGGUGCUCAACAGGGUACAGAAAGGACCCACCACUGAGCUCACUCUAGCGGUUGACCCGCACUCAGCGGAGACACUCGACAGGCUGGGAUACUUAGUCAAUUAUGGAUAUGGCAGGGUGCGCAUCCAUAAAAAAGGGAAGACGACUGAGUCGUCAGACCCGAAGGGUGCGCAGCCUGCUAUAGCCAGUUCCUCCUCCGCUGCACAAAGUGCGUGCUUCAAAGAGGGACCUUGCGGUUCCAAGGACGUACCCAAGGGACUGCAAAGGUUACCUUCAGAGCAGUCAGGGGCAGCGGAGAAGGAAAAAGCACCUGUCCAGGAGUCCAUAGAGCGGCCCUGCUGCUCAGAAGACACUCCUGGCACGGAAAAGAGGGUACCUUCCAGCCCAGAGAGAUCGAAGGCCCUUUUCGCCCAAAAUCCCUUCCGUCCUCCGCUAAAUGCGAAUCGGAGACAAGGUCGAGGGGAGAUUUCAAUGGAGGAGAAGACCCUGAUGGCCACCAAUAGGGGGAAAAAGAUGGCCAAGCGGGCUUCAAGGCCGAAAAAUGGCAAACCCCCCAAGCGAUAGGCCUAGGCACAUCAAGUGCCUGCAAGUGAACCUCCAUCAUGCAAAGGCGGCCUCUGACGUCUUAUGCAGGAGGUUCAAAACAGAACUCUUGGAUGUCGCAUUCAUCCAAGAACCGUGGGUUUUCGCCGGGGCUAUUAAAGGCCUAAACGACUGUGAUGAGUUGACACAACAGGACUUAGCUGCUGUAUGGACUAAAGUGCCCACUCAAAUGGGAGAACAAGAGGUCGUUCUCGCUUCAGCUUACCUCGCAGGCGACAGCUGUGAGAUGCCCACAAGGGAAGUAAUAGCCCUAGAGGAGUACUGCAGAAGGAGAAAGCUGAAACUAGUAAUGAGCUGUGACGCCAAUGCCCAUCACUGUGUUUGGGGUAGCUCGGACACCAAUUCUAGAGGUGAGUCAUUUCUUGAAUUUAUCACUAAGAACAAUUUAUUUAUUCUUAACCGGGGUAAUGAGCCGACCUUUGUCAAUGCUAGGGGAGGUUCUAGACUUGACAAUUUCCUCAACUAGCUUGUCGACCUUUAUCUCAAACUGGCAUGUCUCAAAUGAGGUAUCUAUGUCGGACCACCGGCAUAUUCGAUUUGAUAUAGAAGCCCAAAGAGUAACAAACCAUGUUUACAGAAAUCCCAGAAAAACAAACUGGGAACUCUUUCGCCUCCACAUAGAGCGGGAAGUGAAUGGUUCUACGGCACCAAUUUCAUACGUCUAUGAACUUGAGGACGAGGCGAGAAAGUUCCAAGAUGUUCUCAAACAAGGUUUUGAAGAGAGCUGCCCACUGAGAACCAAGAAGUCUCAAAGGGAUGUCCCGUGGUGGAGCGAUUCUCUCGGAAAACUAAGGAAAAGAGCCAGGAAGCUUUUCAAUAGGGCAAAGUCAACAGGUGACUGGACCGCCUACAAGUCAGCCCUAACCGCUUACAACUGUGAGCUCAGAAGGUCUAAAAGGGCUACGUGGCGUGAGCACUGCUUAAGUAUUUCCUCUCUUCCAGAGGUGGAUCGCCUUCAGAAGGCCCUUAAACUAGAUCAUCUGAAAGUCCUAUGCACUUUGAAAAGACCAAAUGGUACCUACACUGGCACCCCGGAAGAAACCAGCAGGCUUCUGCUAGAAACCCACUUCCCGGGAUGUAUUCCCCAAGGCACAUGUCUUUCAACAAACACGGCGAACACUGUGUGCGCAAACAGGAGGACAAGAGGCCUAGCAGGAAGAAUCGUCAGUGUGGAAAAGAUAUCGUGGGCCAUUUCAACCUUUAGUGCAUAUAAAUCCCCUGGUCCAGAUGGUAUCUACCCAUGCCUGCUGCAGCAGAGCUUGGGCUUAAUAUCUGGGCCACUAGUAAGAUUGCUGAGAGCAAGUCUCUUACUUGCUCACAUACCAACAACAUGGAGUGAAGUCAAAGUGGUCUUUAUACCCAAAGUGGGGAAAAACUCAGCACAACUCCCAAAGGCGUAUAGGCCAAUUAGCCUCAGUUCCUUUCUAGUAAAGACUCCGGUGACUCAAGUCACUGAAAAGGCAUUGCGGUAUAAACAGAUAGCUUUGUGUGCAUUCCUGGACAUAUCAGGUGCUUUCGACAAUACGUCUUAUGAAGCAAUAUCGACAGCUAUGAUACGAAAGGAUAUUCCUGUCCUUCUAACGGAUUGGAUCAUAAGCAUGUUGAGAUCCAGAACCAUAAUACCGGAACUAGGAGACAAAAGGCAAGCAGUAACUGCCACCCGUGGCUGUCCUCAAGGGGGAGUCUUAUCGCCCCUACUUUGGACACGGGUUGUUGACGAACUUCUUGAAAAGCUAAAUGGCAAUGGAUUCAAGGCAUAUGGAUAUGCAGAUGACCUAGUCAUCUACGUUGUCGGCUGGCAUGAGGACACAAUUUGUUCCAGAUUGCAAGCUGCGCUCAGUCUAACGGAAGACUGGUGUGCUUCAAAGGGAUUGUCAAUAAACCCGCAGAAGUCCACCGUUGUCCCAUUUACCAAUAGAAGGAAAGUCAACUUGACUAAACCCACUUUGGCAGGGACAGAAAUUGAGUUCUCAGAAGAGGCGAAGUAUCUAGGGGUAACUCUGGACAAAAGGCUCAAUUGGAACUCACAUCUCCUUAACAUUACCAACAAGGCUACAAGGGCGUUUUAUGCCUGCCAGAGACUCCAUGGUAAAACUUGGGGAAUAUCACCCAAACUAACGUAUUGGUCUUUCAAUACGGUCGUGAAACCUGUUGUCACAUAUGCGGCACUGGCCUGGUGGCCAAAAGCAAAGAAAGCAAGUGCGUGUGCCACCUUGAGCAAGCUACACCGCUUGAUCUGUGUGGCCAUCACAGGAGCUAUGCGCACCUGUCCAACGGAUGCCCUCGGUAUAAUUACAGGCAUUCCUCCUCUAUCUAUUCUGAUAGAAAAGGAGGCCUGCUGGAGCUCCAUACGGCUGCCCAAUGUAAUCAGCAUGAAGAGUGGAGAUCUUUGGGGUCACUUGGAGGUUCUCAAGCCUUUUCUGGAUGAUCCCGCUAUCAAGCUCACAGAUAUCAUGCUACCGAAAUUAUCCUUUGAUAAGCCCUACAAGGUCAGAAUUCCUGAAAGGGACUGCUGUAAAGCGAUAAUAUCUAUGAUUGACAAAGGGUCCCAAGUAUGGUAUACCGAUGGAUCAAAGAUGGAAGACGGGAGUACUGGGGCAGGCGUGCUUGGACCAAGGUUCCAGAAAAGUCUGCCAAUGGGCUCAUACCCAACCAUAUUCCAGGCGGAGAUCUUCGCAAUCGAAGUCUGUGUUCGAGAAUGUCUUCGGAGAAGGACAAACGGGGCCAGAAUAAAUAUUAUGUCGGAUAGCCAGGCAGCACUAAGGGCCUUAGACUCAUUUAAAACGACAUCAAGGCUUGUGGACAGUUGUAAAACUCUUCUGAAUAGCCUAGGAGCCCAUAAUAGAGUUACGCUGUGGUGGGUCCCUGGGCAUGAAGGGUUUGAAGGCAACGAAAGGGCUGACUAUCUCGCAAAACGUGGGGCCCAAACGCGAAUGCAUGGUCCCGAGCCUUUCUGUGGUACAUCUAUAGGAUACACUGCAGAACUACUUAGGAGUUGGGAGGAAUCUCAGAUUGCUGCCCACUGGCGUAAGUCAAAGGGAAUGAGACAAUCAAAGAAAUUCAUAACUCCUUCCAAGAGGAACUCAGAAAGACUCCGUGAACUCAGCCGGGAGGGUCUUAGGACUAUUACAGGCUACCUGACAGGACACUGCAAGUUAAGGUACCAUCUAAACAAAAUGGGGCUUUCUGUAGAGACGGACUGCAGGUUCUGUGGGCUGGCGGAGGAAACCUCGGAGCACAUUCUGUGUGACUGCCCGCGUAUCAUGAAUAGCAGACUGAUGCACCUUGGGGAACGAUUGUCUUCUCCAUCCAAGAUUUGGAACACGGCACCCUCCAAUGUGCUUAAUUUCUUGAAUAGCCUAAGGUUGGAGUGACUACAAUCAGGGUUUAGCACAAUAGAUCUUUUAGGUCGCAGCGCGAGUAUACCCGACGUACUAAUAAUAAUAAUAAUAAUCCCAAAUUUUAAAAUUGGAGUGAUGCC